GAAUGAGAUGGAGCGCCACUUCCUGGAACUUCUGCAAUUUAACAUCAAUGUGCCGGCCAGCGUCUACGCCAAGUACUACUUUGACCUGCGACAGCUGGCCGAUGACAACAACCUCAGUUUCCCACUGGAACCCCUCAACAACCAGCGUGCCCAGAAACUAGAGGCCAUUUCAAGACUAUGUGAAGACAAGUACAAGGACCUCAGUCGAGCCGCAAUGAGGCGAUCUCUCAGCGCAGACAACCUGAUAGGUAUACGACGCUCCAAUGCUGUGCUCUCAUAGACUGCUGCCCUCUGACCUCCAAAGUUCAGCUAACCCACAGCCAACCCCAGAAAGCAUUACCCACAGAGUUAUCAGGCAAGGACAAACCGCCACUGUAUGACCUGUCCACACGGUAAUUUACAUUACAGCUGUAGACGUGCGUGAUUGUUAAAUUAAAGGUGUUUACCUUAUCUGAA